CCUACCCUCGUUCGUUUUCUUCAGGUCAGCGAAUGGAGUGCAUUUCACGAUUGUAGAAGAGUUUUGCGUCAAUUUAGAGUUUUUAAUUACGGAUGGUUAGGUGGAGAUGGCGGUCGUUUUACUGCAAGCACUUGAGCGGACGGAGUUGAACAAAUUACCGAAAGGCAUUCAAAACAAGCUAGAGAAGUUUAUAACAGAUUUGCAGAAUGCUAACGAGGCGCUCAAGACGCAGCAUGAGCGGCUGAAAGCAGACAGUGAACAGCAGUAUUUUGACAUUGAGAAGAGACUGACAGAGAGUCAGGAACAAGUUCUUUCUGCCACAAAAGACCUCAAGGUCCUGAAAGAAGAAAAUAAGAAACUUGAGCUGAACUCCCUGAAGGGGACAGACGGUGAAACCAACGGAGAUAAGCUACCACAACAGCAAUCCAAGGCAAAGUAUGAGCUUGAAGCAGAGAGGAGAGAGUUGGCGAGGCUGCUGGAGAAGAAAACGCAGGAGGUGGAGAACCUGACAGAGGACGUGAAGCGUCUGAAUGAGAAACUGACAGACACUAGCAAAAUAAAGAUGGAGCUCCAGUUGAAACUGGACGAUAUACAGUCGUCUGCGGCCGCUGCGCAGCAUAAAGAGAAACGCAUGGAGCAGGAGAAGGAGCUGUUGGAGAAGAAACUCAAGUGGUUGACUGCAGAGCUGCAAACUAAAACUGAUGAACUACUAAACACCAACAGGGAGAAAGGCAAAGAAAUACUGGAUCUACAGGGCAAUCUGAAAAGCAGCAGUGAGCAGGUGGCCAGGCUGGAAAGUCAGCUCAGUUCCCUGAGGGAAGUCAAUGAAAGUCAAAACAAAAGAGCUGAAGACCUCAACAACAAACUGAAACUGGCAAAAGAGGAGCAGAUUGCGAUGGAGGAGAAAUUUCGCAUUGAACUCAAUGCUCACAUCAAACUAUCUUCACUCUAUAAGGGGGCAGCGACGGACACGGAGACCAAGAACCAAGAAUUGAACAGAGCAGUGGAAGAGCUCAGUAAGCUGGUUAAAGAAACUGGAGAAGCCAAUAAGUCUUUAGAGAAGAAGGUUUCAGAGGCAGAGGAGCUAAAAACACGACUUGAAGCAGAUCUAAGAGAGAAGAUAAAGAAAAUGGAGAAGGAGCUGGAAAAUGCUACAACAAAGGCUGCAGGCAAAGGCUGCUGUGUUCCUUCUCUUUCUGAGGAGCAGUUGGACUCCAUGUGUCCGUCAGCAGCAGCCAUCGCUGCGAUUGUUAAGCCUGGCAUGAAGUUCUUUGAUCUAUAUAAUGCAUAUGCUGAGUGUCAGACGCAGCUGCACCUUGAGAAGCAGGAGACCAGGAGAGUGAGCAGGGUCCUGGAUGAGAUUGUCCAGGAGGUGGAGUCUAAAGCUCCUGUCCUCAGGCACCAGCGAGAGGAGUAUGAGAGCAUGCAGAGGUCGAUGGCCUCUCUGUGCAACAAACUGGAACAAGCUCGAACUGAGAUCUACGGUUUGCAGAAAGAGAAGGAAGAGGCCAAGCAGAGCCGUGAUGCCUUGGAGAGGGACAAACUGAGGACUGAGAGACUGCUAGAGGACACGUCGACUCAGCUGUGUACACUUCUGGUUGAGCUGGAGGAAGCCAGAGGUAACCAGGUGAGAAAAGAUGAUGGCAGCUCUGCCGACAUCUCCAGCACUUCUGAGGUCAUCAGUUCGAGCCAGCUGUCGUUCCGCAGUGUGGCGGAGCUCCAGAGCCAGAAUCAAACUUUGUUAGGGAGACUAAGGGAGCUGGAGGAGGAGAAGGACCGAGAGCAGAGCAGAGUGACAUCCGCACGCAUAACAGAGCUGGAGUCCCUUGUGGAUAAGCUCCAGAAGGAGGCAGAGCAUCUGAGAGAGCAGAGGAACCAGCAGAAACAGCUGGCUGACUCCAACGCCAGGCAAAGAGACAUGUUUAAGACUCUGCUGACUCAGAGCACAGGCUUCAGCCUGCCACCUCAAGGCCAAGACUCUUCCCAUCCCACACCUGAUCGUCCCUCAGCUCCAGCCACUCGCUCUACUCCUCAGAGAGCUGCUGCUGCAGAGUCGGCUCAAACUAAAGCUGCUCUAAAACAGCUGAACGACGCCUUCACCCUGUAUAAGAAAGAGAAGGCAGAGAACGACCGAAUGCUGAAUGAAACGAACGACCGGCUGCAGAGGCAGCUGACUGAAAUGCGCUCCAGCCACGCCAAGCUGACCUCUCAGCUGGAGUUCAGUAACAAGAGAUAUGAGAUUCUGCAAGAGACCGUGUCAGCAUACCGUAGAGAGAUCUCCGCCCUGCAGGACAGGAACCAAAAAAUGGCUGCAACAGCUCAACAACACGAGCACAUCAUCCACACCAUGAGCCAGGACCUGAGGCAGGCAACCGAGAAACUGUCACUAGAAGAGGUGCGUGUAGAGAAUCUGACUAAAGAGAGAGACAUGCUAAAGCAGGCCGAGUCUCGACUCAGUCAGGAGAGAGAAGCCAUGCUGGCUGAGCAACGGAACCAGAACCUGCUUCUUUCUAACCUGAAGACCAUACAGUUGACUAUGGAGCAUACAGAAACCGAGUCUCGCCAGAGACUUGACAACAAAAUAAAACAACUGGAGGCAGAACUGACUUCAAUGAAAACCAAGCUGGAACAGGAAGUUACUCAGAGACAUGCUCUUGGGCGCAUAAUGGAUUCACAGUUGUUGGAAGCAAAGAAGAAGCUGGAGACCCAGAACACCUUGCUGCAGAAGACCAAAGAGCUGCUGCGUGGCUCUGAACAGCAGGUGGCGACACUGAAAACCCAGCUGACUUCUGCUUCCUCCUCUGAUGCUGCCGUGUCCUCCAGCAACACGACCACCCCAGCCACCAGAUCCGCUGCCCUCCGAGCACCACUGAGAGUGCGCUCUCCAGUUCCAGCAGCUUCUCAGCAGCCCAGCCAGUCAGAUCAGGAGCUCUCUGAGAUCAAAGGUCUCCUGAAAAGUGCUGAGGAACAAAACACUGAGCUAGCAGAGCAGCUGAAGAAUGCUAAUGCCACAGUUGAACAGUACCGAGCUGUGGUACUGACUCUAGAAGACAGUCUGAAGAAAGAGAAGGAGUCGCGUUCUCCUUUGGAGGUCCGACUGAAGGAGUCAGAGGAGGUGCAGAAACAGCUGGAGAAGAGAAUUUUAGAGUUGGAAAAGAAGAAGCAGGAGGAGAAAGAGGAGAACAGGAAGGCUGUGGAGGCUGUGGAGAAACAAGUCUGUGAGCUGCAGAGGAGUCUGAAGGCCAGCCAGGCAGAUCAGCAGGAGGCGCUGGAGAGGGCUGCUGCUGCCGUCACUAAGGAGCAGAAAGCCACACAGGACAGCCUGUUGCAGACUAAGCUAGCUGGAGAGGCACAGGGCAAGUAUGAGCGAGAGUUGAUGCUACAUGCUGCUGACGUGGAAGCUUUGCAGCAGUUGAAGAAAACAUCCCAGCAAGGAGCUGCGCACAAGAGGGAGUUGGAAGAAGAACUGAAGAAGACAACAGCUCUCCUGCAAGAGAAAACCGCAGCCUGGACCACAACAGAGAGACAACUGAAGGAGGAGGUUUCCAAUCUGAGUCGCCGCUGUGAUGAGCUGGGAAAGCAGAACGCUCUCCUGCACCAGCAGAUGGAUGAAAUGGCUUUGAGGAGUCGCCAGCUGCAGCAGCAGCAACAACAACAGCUGCAGAAUCUGGACCUGUCAUUUAGUGAGGAGGGGAAAACCACUGAACAGAUUAUGGAGAUACUCAGAUUUGUUCGGCGGGAGAAGGAGAUUGCUGUGGCUCAGUAUGAGGCAUCUGAAGGAGAAGCCCAACGUCACAAACAGCGAGUCGAACACCAAGACCGACAGCUGAAGGAGCUACAGGAAGCUCUGAAUGCUGAGAGGGCGAAGAUGCAAGAAACAACAAAGAUGCUAGCCGAGCAACAGGAGCAGCUGAAGAAGCUGGAAACCAUCGGUGCUAUGCAAGAAACUAACCGUAUGCUGAAUGUGGAAAGAGAUAAACUACAACAGGAGCUUCAGCAGGCUCAGGCAAAAGUGACAAAGCUCCAGACAGACAUCGGACCGCUGCAUAAGUCCAUGUCUAAACUGUCAGAGAUAAAUGGCUCCCUGCAGGCUGAUAAGAGGCUGCUAGAAGAUGAUGUCAAACGAUGGAAAGCCAAAGUGCAACAGCUGGUUAACCAGCAGAAAGAUGGCGAUGUUGAGGAAAAACAGAAACUUGCAGCUGAAAAAGAGGCUAAUCUAAAACGCAUCGCACAGCUAGCUGAAGAAACUGCCAAGCUGAAGACUGAGCUGGCCAGGUCCAAUGCCAGCAGCAAUUCAGCUCAGUCCCAGCUACAAGGUCUAAGAGACUCUGUGACCUGCUUAACAUCAGAAAGAGACACGCUAAAGAAAGACAUAGAAGCUAAAAAUAACGACAUUCUGGAGAAGAACAGGACCAUCACUCAGGUGAAGAAGAUCGGACGUCGCUACAAGACUCAGUACGAUGAGCUCAAAGUCCAGCAUGACAAGCUGGUCAGCGAAACGGCUGCUAAAACAGGAAGUGAGGCAGCACCGAGCCAGGAGUCACAGCAGGAGCUGAACAAAGUGCAGGAGGAGCUCAAAAAAACCCAAGAGGAGCUGAACACCUUGAAAGAGGAGGUGCAGAAAAAACAGGAGGAGGCCCAGAAGUCCCUUCAGGAGCUAGAAGUGGCUCGGAAAGAAAACCAGCAGGCAAAGGAAAAGCUCCAAGACGUCCAGAACCAGCUGACACAGGUUCAGUCUCAGUUAUCGCAGACCCAAACUCAACUGCAGCAAAGCCAGAACCAGCUGACCCAGAGUCAAAAAGAGCUUCAGCAGGCCAAGAACCACACGCUGCAGUUGCAAAACCAGUUCAAAUCGUCCCAGUCUCAGAUCCUGGCUCGUCAGCGGGAGCUUCAGCAGGCUAAAGAAGCUCUCCAACAGAACCUUGCUAAACAGAAGGAGCUCCAGCAAACCAACCAGACCAGCCAACAGAGCCUGAACCAGGAAGUGAAUGAUCUGAAGGCUGCUCUGAGCCAAGCCGAAAACAAAGUGACUGAGCUGCAAGGCCAGCUGGACAACGUGCAGAAGACUGUUGUUGAGCGCGAAGCAGACAUCGAUCGCCUCCAGGAGCAGCUAACUGAAGCUAAACAGGCUCUUGAGGCUAACCAAGCUGCACAGGCCAACCAGAACCAGAGUUCCCAGUCAGCCCAGGCCAGUGAUGCUAAUCAGGCACUACAAGAUGAGCUGACAAAACUCAGACAGGAGCUGUCUGAAAGCAGAAGCAGAGAGGAGCAGCUCAGACAGCAGAUGGCUGAAAAAGAGGAGAAGACCAAGAAAGCCAUCAUGGGAGCCAAAGUUAAAAUCGGCCAAGUAAACAGUGCUAAGGAGAAGCUCAGUCAGGAGGUGGAAGAACUGAAACAGAGUAAGGAGGAGCUGGAGGUGAGAAUGAAUGCCCUCAAGUCUCAGUAUGAAGGAAGACUUGUACGAUUGGACCGAGAGCUGAGAGAGCUGAAGGAGACGCACGUCCACGCCGACCAGAGAGAAGAAGCUCAGGACCAGAGUGGAGCCAGGACGGGCGACCAGGCCAGAGCUUCAGACCAGAGGCAGAUUUCUUUGAUCAGUCCUGCACAAGAAAGGGGAAGCUCCAGCAUCUCUGAGCCUCCCACUGCAAACAUUCGACCCACCCAAAGUACUCCAUCACCUAGCAACAAGCCAAGCCCCUCUACUGGUAGCAAAGCGACUCCCCGCGCCAGCAUUAGACCUAUGGUUACCCCGGCAACCAUCCCCAUGCCAACACCUACAGCCACAGUUAUGCCAACUACACAGACGGAGAGCCAGGAGGCUCUGAUGAGUACAGGAGCAUCAGUACACUCCACCAGCUCGACUCUUGGAGGCGCUCCUGCCUCCAUAGCUCAACCAACCAGCACUCAGACCACAGCUUUUGUUCAGCCCACUCAGCAACAGACAGCCAAUCAGGACGUAGGCUCCAGCAUGGAGGCGGAGCGUCCAACAACCUCCUGCUCUUUGAUUGGUUCAGGUUCAAAGAGGAAUCGAGUUAAUGAGGAGGAGGAGGAGGAAGGUAGACCGGAGAGUUCCAACACACCUCCAGCCACUAAAAAACUGCGACUAAGGCCCAAAAUAACUAUCCAGAUGGCGGGUGAUGAGGAUUUAGAGGGAGAGCUGAGGGAUGUUGAGGAACAACCAAAUGUACCUGAUGACAGUCGGGAGCUUCCUGAAGAGGAUUUUCCGGUCUUAGCAGCAGACCUAGAUGAGGAGGAGGAGGAGGAGGGGGGUGUUUCUCAGUCCGUCCCUUCUGAUCAAGGCUCUCAGGCCUCUGCUGUAACUCGGGAUCUCAUUGUGAUUGACACGGACUGUGAGAGCCCUGACAGUAAAGAGGAGGUCCAAAAGCAGGAAGAUGAAGAGGAGGAGGAAGAAGAGGAAGAGGAGGAAGAAGAAGAGCAGUUGAGGGAGGAAGAGGAUGACGAUGAUGAUGAUGCAGACAGUGGGAUGAAAGGAGGAGAUGAGAGUAAUGAGAGUAGGGAAGCUGAAGAGGGACAAGAGGAACCUUCAGAAGGCACAAACACAGAGGAGAAUGUAAGCGGAGCGUCCUCUGGGUCUCAGCGCCUCUCUGAGCCGACGCACAGCGGAGAAAGCAGCACUGGUGUUUUGGAGUGCGACCCCCCCAGAGACUCCAUUCAACUCCCCCUUAUGUCCUCCUCUGCACACUCUCCAUCCUCUUCCUCCCUCGCACCGCGCCUGCCACACACACGCAGACCGCCUCAUGCUCUCCCGCCUCGGCUCUACAUCCAAGCUCCUGCUCCUGAACUGGGACCCCCCCACACACAGAGACAGUCGUCUCAGCUGCGUAGACCAUCAUCAGGACGUGGACCCCAACUUACUCCUGGAUUAGCCCCCAUGCCUUUUUUUGAUGAUGAUGACAGAAUGGUUCCCAGUACUCCCACUCUGGUUGUUCCACACCGCACUGACGGCUUUGCUGAAGCAAUAAACUCUCCCCAGGUAGCUGGUCUGUCCACCAGGUUCAGGUUUGGACCUCCAGAAGAUUUACUGCAGCAAGCAUCAGCUUCACACUCUGACCUGGGGCAACUGGCCUCUCAAGGAGGUCUGGGAAUGUAUGAGUCUCCUCUUUUCCUGGCUGCUCACGAUGAGGAUGGUGGAGGAAGGAGUGUUCCUACCACACCCUUGCAGGUGGCUGCACCAGUGACGGUCUUCACAGAGUCUGUGCCUUCAGACAGCUGUGACAAUAUGGCUUCACAGUCAGUUCCCAUGGUAACUGCUUCCACUGGAGUUCCUGCUUCAGGAGAUGAUGGAGAUGAGGUCUUUAUGGAGCCAGAAGGAGAUGGCGCGGAUGUAGAAUCCUCUUUGGAUGGUCAGGCGGAGUUGGAGUCAAGAGGACAGCAAAGUGAUGAUGCAGUACUUCCUUCCACCAGCCAAGAUCCUGACACCAGCAGUGUUGUUCUGCGCCGCACAGUGACCAGUCAGCCUCUGAUAAGUAGCCUGUCAGGCAGAGGAGCCAGAGGAGGGAGGUUAUUCAGCCGCAGAGGACCUUUUUCCAGAGGUGGAAGAGGAGGCGGCCUGGGUAGAGGAGGCAAUGCUCAAUGAUGAUGUCAUCAAUAAAGUAUCGUUUAAUCAUUAAGACAACAACACACUGUCCAGAGUCCAGAGUUCAUUUUGUAUGGAUUAGGUUUAAGGUUUUACAUAAUGCUCCUUAAAGUCUAGUUUUUGUAUUCUAGUUUUGUUCUGUUUGUUCUGGUGUUUCUGUUGUUUUUAGGAAUAAAGUGAAACAACAAAAAGCA